AUGACUGAUAGUAGUGCGUCGGAAAUUCGAGUUAUACCACACGAAGAAUCCAUCGAGGCCGGUGACCAAACGAUGACCGAAAUUUCUGCAAAAUCAGUAAGAGGGAAAUCGGAAACUGUACGAAUUACUAAUGAAAGCUUUGAAGAUGACCCGGCAGAGGUGGGUGAAAUGGAAAUGAGCAAAAUCAACAAUGAUAUGGUUAAAAAAUUGCUCAUGUGUGAUAAAAAAGGGCAGAAAAAUGAUGAUGAUAAAGCUGAAGAUAGUUUACCGAAAACGCCGAAAGAGCUUGAGGAGGCGGAACUGCUACGAGAGAUUGCUAAAAGGCCUUUGGAAUCAUUUAAAAAUAUGAAAGAUGUACCGGAUGCUAUUGCAAAAACUUAUUAUAAAGAUAUUACUCGUCGCUGGAAGGAAUCAGAAGUACGCAUCAAAGAAACUGAAGAUUUGCUUUCGCAUGUGCAAUAUGACGAUCGUUCCUUGGAGGAAGAUCGCCUAGAGAUUCUUGGUGAAUUGCUGGAUAAGGCAACUCAGUCAUUCGAAAUUUUUGAAGAGCACGAAAACCGCAAAGUGCCAUACGGUCAUCGAGUUGUACUGGAGGCAAGACUGCUGAUGGUUUUUAAUAAUGCUGUCAAUCUUAUUUAUAAAAUUAUUGGUGAAUUUGAUAAACUGAAAGGGGACCAGGUUGGUGUGAAUGAUGAAAGAGACCAACUUCGUUAUGAAAUCCGUUACUGUGAUGCAGUUUACACUGAGGUGCACGAACGUUUCCUGAAAUCCUAUUUGGAAAUGGAGUGGUGA